AUGGGGCAAAAGAAUACAACCUCUCUACCUGAGUUCAUCCUGAUGGGAAUCACAAGGAGCUCUGAGCUUCAACUCCCCUUGUUUGGAGUCUUCUUCAUCAUAUAUGCUGUAACCGUGGUGGGAAACCUGGGCAUGAUCAUUCUGACCAAGCUGGACUCUCAUCUACACACCCCGAUGUACUUCUUCAUCAGACACCUGGCUUUCAUAGAUCUUGGGAAUUCCACGGCCAUCUGCCCCAAGAUGCUGGUGGAUUUUCUUGUGGAUCACAAAGCCAUUUCUUUCUAUGCAUGUGCCAUACAGUUGUCAUUCUUCCUUAUGUUCAUCAUCAGUGAAUUCUUUAUUUUGUCCGCCAUGGCGUAUGACCGCUACGUGGCCAUCUGCAACCCUCUGCUCUACAAUGUGAUCAUGUCUCAGAGACUUUGCCUUGUGCUCGUGGGCAUUUCCUACCUCUACAGCAUCUUCCAGGCUCUACUGUUCACCAGUAAGAUUUUCAGACUCAGCUUCUGUGGCUCUAACGUCAUCAACCACUUCUAUUGUGAUGAUGUUUUCUUGCUACCUAUGCUCUGCUCAAAUUCUCAAGAAAUACAAUUGUUGAUCAUUUUAUUUUCAGCAUUGAACUUGAUCUCCUCUCUUCUGGUAGUCCUUGGAUCUUAUAUUCUGAUUCUGAUAGCCAUAUGUCGAAUGCAUUCUGCAGAAGGCAGGAAAAAGGCUUUUUCUACCUGUGGUUCCCAUCUGACAGUGGUUGUGGUGUUCUAUGGGACUCUGCUUUUUAUGUACUUGCAGCCUCAAUCUACUCACUCCUUAGAAAAUGAUAAAAUAGCUUCUGUGUUUUAUACUUUAGUGAUCCCCAUGAUUAACCCCUUGAUCUACAGUUUAAGGAACAAGGAGGUAAAAAGUGCCUUCUACAGGGUAUUAAAGAAUCAAUUUAAAAUUAAUACUUAA